AUGGUGCCUCUAGCGACUAUUCUUUCUAUCGCACUAGCAGCCUGCUGGGCUCUCCCUGCUAAUGCCGCUGACCUUGACCCUAUUGUGAUCAAGGGGCUAACUAUUACUCAAGCUUCAUCAAAGGAGUGGCCUACCAAGGUACUGAUCCCACGUUCAAAAUGGGAUUGGACGUUACAGCAUCAAAAUGCUAAAGCGCAGGCUGACUCUCUUUUGAUAGAUGGUGCUAGCUCGGUCGAGUCAUACUCUGAUCCCCUUGCGAACCCCAGCGGAUGCAGGAGAGACAUUCCUCUGCUCAAGGAGCUGCAUGCUAACGUAGUUCGGGUAUAUGCCGUUCAUCCUGAAAAGGACCAUGACGAAUGCAUGCGAAUGCUUGCCGAUGCCGGUAUCUACGUACUUGCUGACUUGGCUGAGCCCUCUCAGUCAAUCAACCGUGACUCUCCUGAAUGGGAUAUUAAUCUCUAUGCCCGCUACACUUCCGUGAUUGAUUCUCUGGCAAAAUAUACCAAUGUCAUCGGUUUCUUUGCUGGGAACGAAGUGACGAAUGAUCGGGCUAACACGGAUGCCAGUGCGUUUGUAAAGGCUGCGGUACGAGACAUGAAAGCUUAUAUAUACGAAAAGGGAUAUCGACAGAUGGGUAUUGGGUAUGCGACCGAUGACGAUGCAGAUAUUCGACGGAACCUUGCUGCGUACUUUGACUGCGGCAUAGAUGAUGAACGUAUUGACUUUUGGGGGUAUAACAUCUAUGAAUGGUGUGGUGACUCUACCUUUGAGACAUCUGGAUACGCAGACCGCACGAAGGAGUUUGCUAAAUAUAAUGUUCCGGUGUUCUUCGCCGAAUAUGGAUGCAAUACAGUCCAACCCCGGAAGUUUAGUGAGGUGCAGGCGAUUUAUGGCCCCCAGAUGACGCCUACCUGGUCUGGUGGGAUCGUAUACAUGUACUUCCAGGAACAGAACAACUACGGACUUGUUGAUGUAUCUGGCUCCAGGGUUAAGAAACUUGCAGACUUUACCGCAUUUGCUAGCCAGAUGGCCAAUGUGAAUCCCAAGGGGCCAAAAUUGUCUGCUUACACACCAGUGCAUACAGACAACGCACCCUGUCCUACUAUCAGCAGCGACUGGGAAGCUUCACCAAAACUGCCCCCAACUCCGGACAAGGAACUUUGCGAUUGCAUGACGAGGUCUAUCACUUGCCGAGCCAAAUCUACUGUCCACGACGAAGAUCUGUCCCGGCUGUUCUCAACUGUCUGCGGCCUUUCCCCCAUGGCCUGCGAGGAUAUCGCCUCUAACGCAACGAGCGGCAUAUACGGAAUGUACGGGAUGUGUAAUCCCAUAGAUCAGCUCUCUUGGGCAUUCAACGCGUACUACGAGGACCAGGUCAAGAAGGGAAACGGGGACACCGCCUGUCAUUUUGGGGGGGCAGCCUCUACGCAGACACCGGUCAAGCAACCAGUCUGCACUGUCAAGCCACAUGUGUCCAUAAAGGUGUCCAAGAGCGAAGCACCAACGUGGUUGAAUGGUAGCAUCUGGGAUAUCUCCGGACUGGGAUGUGCUCUCGUUGCAGGAUUGGGGCUACUUUUGUUGUAA